AGAGCAAAGGUUGGAAUCAUUGGAAACUGGAGUGACCUCCAAGCCAUCGUACAGUCUUCUCCAUUUAAACUCUCUCUCUCUUUGCUAAAAUCAGUUUUCUCGCGGAAUCAAAUCUAAUAGCAUAAACCCUAAAUUCUUCAAUGUCGAUCUUCGAGUACAAUGGGAGUGCCCUAGUAGCGAUGGUAGGCAAGAACUGCUUCGCCAUCGCCAGCGAUCGGAGACUCGGCGUUCAACUCCAAACAAUCGCCACCGACUUCCAGAGGAUUUCUAAAAUCCACGAUCGCCUCUUUCUCGGUCUCUCUGGCCUCGCCACCGAUGCGCAAACCUUGUAUCAAAGGCUUGUGUUUAGGCACAAGUUGUAUCAGCUAAGAGAAGAGAGGGACAUGAAACCUGAGACUUUUGCUAACCUUGUUUCUGCUCUUCUUUACGAGAAAAGGUUUGGUCCAUACUUCUGCCAACCCGUAAUUGCUGGAUUGGGAGAUGAAGACAAGCCCUUCAUUUGCACCAUGGAUUCCAUUGGAGCCAAGGAGCUUGCAAAAGAUUUUGUUGUAGCUGGUACUGCCUCAGAGUCUCUUUAUGGUGCCUGCGAGUCAAUGUUCAAGGAGGACAUGGAACCUGAUGAAUUGUUUGAAACUGUUUCCCAAGCACUCCUUUCAUCAGUGGAUCGUGACUGUCUGAGCGGUUGGGGAGGACAUGUCUAUGUUGUCACACCUACAGAAGUAAAAGAAAGAAUUUUGAAGGGAAGGAUGGAUUGAGUGCAGCCAAUUGUCUCUAUCUUCCCCUUAGCCGUCAGCCUUUAAUUGUCAACUAUGGAACUUUCAGUUUUAUUUGUUUAUCAAAGGCUGUUGAUCGUGAAUGCUCGAAUCUGAUGUACUCUGAUAAUUCUGAAAUCGAUUGACUAAGUUUUAUAUUAUUGCAGCAUGGUGAAUGUUGUGGUGGAAGUGGUGUACAUUGAUGAGUU